GCCGCAGGAGGCCUUGUCAGACCUUGGAGGCUGAGGGACGAGCAGGGCGGGCAGCGGGAGAAGCCCCCCAACCCAACCCCGGACCCCCGGUCUUCCUCAGAACACAGACUGAGUGCAGACUCACUUCCUUUCUUUUCCUGACUUUGAACCACCGUUUCCAUCGUCUCGUAGUGGACACGUGACACCGAGGGCGAUGGACCCGUUCACGGAGAAGCUACUCGAACGAACCCGUGCCAGGCGAGAGAAUCUUCAGAGAAAGAUUGCUGAAAGACCCAUAGCAGCAGCAAGGUCCGGGGCUCAGGCCAAGCGGGCCAGGGAGCCGCUCUCAGAAGCCAGUAACCAGCAGCCUCCGUCCACUGCGGAAGAGAAAUCAUAUACAAAACCAUCACCAUCCAAAAAACGCUGUUCUGACAAUGCUGAAGUUGGAGUUUCUAACCUGGAAAAUCAAGCACCAGCUGAGCCAGGGCCCGCAGUGACUUCCCCGAGGCCUGCAUCUCCUCAGCCAGCUCCUCCGGCCUCUGCUGUCAGUGAGGCCGCUGCUGCCGCCCCAGCCCCACUGGGCGAGAGGAGAGGGCUGGCCGCCAAGCUGGAAGCCACCACAGUCUCUUCCGUUAAAACACGCAUGCAGAAGCUCGCAGAACAGCGGCGUCGUUGGGACAGUAAUGAUAUCACAGAUGAUGUCCCUGAAAGCUCACUCUGCAUGUCAGUGCCCCCAGAGAAGAAGGCUGCCUCUCCACCCAAGCCCCCACUUGCAGACACCUCAGCAACCCCAGUAGGGCGAAGGGGCCGUCUGGCCAACCUUGCUGCAACUAUUGGCUCCUGGGAAGAUGAUGUAAAUUACUCAUCUGCGAAACACAACAAUGUACAAGAACAGCCUGGCACCACUUGUUUAUCCAAAUUUUCCUCUGCAAGUGGAGCAUCUGUUGGGAUCAAUAGCAGCAGUGUUAAGCAGGAAGCUACAUGCUGUUCCCAAAGGGAUGGCGAUGCCUCUUUGCAUAACGUCCCAUCCUCUACUGCUGCUGACGCAUCUUUGGUUAAUGCUUCAGUUUCUAGCUCUGUGAAAGCAGCUUCAUCCCCUGUGAAAUCUCCCGUACAAUUCACCAAUACUAAAACUUGUGAGGUACAAAAUCCUGAGCGUCUUCAAAAAACUCCUGUUAGUCCUCUGAAAAUAGAGACAUCGAAACCCAUUGUAAAGUCAACUGGGUCCCAAAUAGUUCCGCCCAAAGAAGAACCAAAAAGAGAAAUCUGUUUACAGUCUCAAACUAAAGACAAAUCAACAACACCAGGAGGCGGAGGAAUUAAGCCUUUCCUGGAACGCUUUGGAGAGCGUUGUCAAGAACACAGCAAGGAAAGUCCAGCUCGUAGCACACCUCACAGAACCCCCAUAAUCACUCCAAACACAAAGGCCAUCCAAGAGAGGCUAUUUAAGCAAAAUGUGUCCUCAUCUACCACCCAUUUGACACAACAGUUCAAGCAGGAGCGUGAGAAAGAACUGGCCUGUCUCCGUGGCCGACUUGACAAGGGCAAUUUAUGGAGUGCAGAGAAAGGCAAAAACUUAGGAAGCAAACAGUUGGAAGCCAAACAGGAAAUCCUCUCUCAAAACACUCCCAUCAGGAAACAUCAGGUUGUUUCAAAUACCCCCUCACUUCCAGUAACAGAAAAGGUGACAGUAAAUCAGACACCAGAGAAAACUCCCAACACAGCAUCUGCAGAUUUUACUGAUUGCAAAAUGACGAAGUCUAGCCCUUUGAAAAUAACGUUGUUUUUAGAAGAAGAGAAGUCCUUAAAAGUAGUGUCAGAUCCAAAGAUUGAACAGCAGACUGAAGUGGUGCGAGAAGUUGAGAUGAGUGUGGAUGAUGAUGACAUCAAUAGUUCAAAAGUCAUUAAUGACAUCUUCAGUGAUGUCCUAGAGGAAGGUGCAUUAGAUCUGGAGAAGAGCCAAGAGGAGAUGGACCAAGAGGAAGCAGAAAGCAGUGAGGACCAGGAAGAUGCACUGAAUAUCUCCUCGAUGUCUUUGCUUGCUCCGUUAGCACAGACGGUUGGUGAGGUAAGUUCAGAGAGUUUAGUCUCCUCACCUAGACUGGAAUUGAAAGGUACUAGCGUAAGUGAUGAAAGUCCCAAACCAGGAAAAUUCCAAAGGACCCGUGUCCCUCGAGCUGAGUCUGGUGAUAGCAUCGGUUCUGAGGAGCGCGAUCUCCUUUACAGCAUUGAUGCAUAUAGAUCUCAAAGAUUCAAAGAAACAGAACGUCCUUCAAUAAAACAGGUGAUUGUCCGGAAAGAAGAUGCUACUUCAAGAAUAGAUGAAAAAAAGGAUGCCUUUCCCUGUCAAGUUAAUAUCAAACAAAAAAUGCAGGAACUCAACAAUGAGAUCAAUUUGCAGCAGACUGUGAUCUAUCAAGCUAGCCAAGCCCUCAACUGCUGCGUGGAUGAAGAGCAUGGAAAAGGGUCCCUGGAAGAAGCAGAAGCAGAAAGACUUCUCCUCAUUGCAACUGAGAAGAGAAUGCUGUUGAUGGAUGAGUUGAGCAGAUUGAAGAGUGAGGGGCCUCAGAGGAAGAACAGGGCUGGUGCCAAAUCCCGGGAUGAGUUUGUCCCAUCCAGGGGAUCAGUUACUUUGUCAGAGAUCCGCCUGCCCCUUAAAGCUGACUUUGUGUGCAGUACAUCUCAGAAACCAGAUGCCGCAAAUUACUAUUACUUAAUUAUACUAAAAGCAGGAGCUGAGAAUAUGGUAGCCACACCAUUAGCGAGUAUUUCAAACUCUCUCAAUGGCGAUGCUCUGACUUUCACCACCACAUUCACUCUACAAGAUGUAUCCAAUGACUUCGAAAUAAAUAUUGAAGUUUAUAGCUUGGUACAAAAGAAAGAUCUCUCAGGCCCUGAUAAGAAGAAAAAGCCAUCAAAAUCCAAGGCUAUUACUCCAAAGCGAUUCCUCUCAUCUAUAACUGCAAAAAGCACCCUUCAUUCCUCAGUCAUGGCGAGCCCAGGAGGUCUAAAUGCUGUGCGCACCAGCAACUUUGCCCUUGUUGGAUCUUACACGCUGUCGCUGGCUUCAGUAGGAAACACUAAGUUUGCUCUUGAGAAGGUGCCCUUUUUAUCUCCUUUGGAGGGUCAUAUUUACCUGAAAAUAAAGUGUCAAGUGAAUUCAAAUGUUGAAGAAAGAGGUUUUCUAACCAUAUUUGAAGAUGUUAGUGGUUUUGGAGCCUGGCACCGGCGAUGGUGUAUACUUUCUGGAAACUGUAUAUCUUAUUGGACUUACCCAGAUGAUGAAAAGCGAAAGAAUCCCAUAGGAAGGAUAAAUCUGGCCAAUUGUACAAGCCGUCAGAUAGAACCAGCCAACAGAGAAUUUUGUGCAAGACGCAACACUUUUGAAUUAAUCACUGUCCGACCACAGCGAGAAGAUGAUCGAGAGACACUGGUCAGCCAGUGCAGGGACACGCUGUGCGUCACCAAGAACUGGCUGUCUGCAGAUACUAAGGAAGAGCGGGAUCUCUGGAUGCAAAAACUCAAUCAGGUUCUUGUUGAUAUUCGCCUCUGGCAACCUGAUGCAUGCUACAAACCUAUUGGAAAGCCUUAAGCCAUGAGAUAUUUUCAUGCCACAUAGUGGUUUUUGGAGCAAUAUCAUAAAAAUAUCUUAAGGAAAAACACUUAGGAGCAUCAGAUUUGCUGAUUGCAUGCUUUAAAUAUGAAAGGGCAUUAUGUAUCAUGGUGCAAAAUCUAAGAGCUGCAAAGAACUUAACGUGAAAAG